UUGGCGCACCCUCGCUCCGCCCUGCCGCUGGCCCGCAGCGGUGCCGGCCCCAGCGACCCUCCGCGGCCCCCAGGUCCUCCGCCGCCAGCCUCCAUGGACUCGUUCGUCCCCCAGCAGCUAGGGCUGUCCCGCGCGCGCUUCGCUGGCACCUUUGGCCGUGGGGCGGCCUCUGUCAGCUGCAGCCGACUCCGCCAGGUUCAAAGUGUCCUGACCCAGAGCAGCAAGUCUCAGCCUGAUGGAAUCCUCUGCAUCCUAGGAAUUGACAGCAGGUACAAUGAAGGCUGUAGAGAGCUGGCAAAUUAUCUGCUUUUUGGUUUGUACAGUCAGAAUACCACUGAUUUUGAGAAAACGGGAUUUUCUGAAGAAAUUCUAGAUGAUGUGAUUUUAUUGAUUAAAUCAGAUAGUGUCCAUCUGUACUGUAAUCCCGUCAACUACCGCUAUCUCUUGCCUUACGUGGCACACUGGAGAAACCUGCAUUUCCAUUGCAUGACGGAAAAUGAGUAUGAAGAUGAGGAAGCAGCAGAAGAAUUUAAGAUUUCCAGCUUUGUGGACAUGGUUCGAGACUGUAGUAGGAUUGGUAUUCCUUAUAGCUCCCAAGGUCACUUACAGAUAUUUGAUAUGUUUGUGGUAGAGAAGUGGCCAAUUGUCCAGGCCUUUGCACUUGAAGGCAUUGGAGGAGAUGGAUUUUUUACCAUGAAAUAUGAGUUGCAGGACGUGAGUCUGAGUCUGUGGAAUGUCUACAGCAGGAUGGACCCUGCGUCUCUGGAGAACAUGCUUUCAGAAGACCUGGCGGUGUUUGAGCAUCAGUGGACAAGCUUCUUUGCUAACUUUGAUACAGAAAUCCCUUUCCUGCUGGAACUUUCCGAAUCUCAGGCGGGUGAGCCAUUCAGAAGCUACUUCAGUCAUGGAAUGAUCUCCAGCCAUAUUACUGAAAACAGCCCUCAUCGGCAGCCUUUUGUUCUCUUUGGCAACCACUCCACACGGGACAACCUGAGCGCUGGCAGCUUUAACUUCCCUUCUGAAGGGCACCUGGUGCGCAACACUGGUCCUGCAGGGAGCUUUGCCAAACACAUGGUCGCUCAGUGUGUCUCACCAAAGGGACCUCUGGCCUGUUCAAGAACAUACUUUUUUGGAGCUACUCAUGUUCCUUAUUUGGGUGACGACGAGAAGCUGCCCAGGACCACGGAGCAAAUUAGGCUCUUAUCCCAGAUAUAUGCUGCUGUUAUUGAGGCUGUUUUGGCUGGCAUUGCAUGUUAUGCUAAAACUUGCAGUCUGGCAAAGGCCAAGGAGGUAGCAGAGCACACUCUGGAGUCUGGGUUAGUGUUCACUGAGUUGGUUCCAUUCAAAGCAGAUCUACGCUCCAAGGUGACUUUUCAUAUACAUGCUGUGAAUAACCAGGGAAGAAUUGUGCCUCUGAAUAAUGAAGAUAGCUUAUCCUUUGUGAAAACGGCUCGGAUGACCGUCUAUGACAUUCCUGACCUGCUGGGAGGAGGAGGAGGAUGCUUAGGAUCUGUGGUCUUCUCAGAGUCAUUUUUGACAUCUCGGAUCUUGGUUAAAGAGAAAGAUGGCACUAUUACCCCAGAGACCAGCUACAUCAUCCUGACAGCUGCCAUCCCCAGAUUCUGUUCCUGGCUGGUAGAAGAUAGUGAAAUAAAAUUGUCUGAGAAAACCCUGCAAGCAACAAAGGGGGACGACUGUUUCUUGGGCACUUUGCUAACAGGAGGAAAGGGAGCAUAUCUUUAUUCCAACAGCCCACAGUCCGGGCCUGAGGAAGGGAGUGUGUAUUUCUUCUCUGGUGGCCUUCUCUUUUCUCACCGUCAUCACGGAAGUAUCGUCAUUGCCAAGGAGCAUGUGGAUGCCGUCUCCUUCUAUGAUGGGGACUCCACCAGCGUCGUGGCCGCCCUUCUCAUACACUUCCGAAGCUCCAUACUUCCUCAUCUCCCAGUUCACUUCCAUGGAUCAAGCAACUUCCUGAUGCUUGCCCUUUUCCCCAAAUCAAAGAUAUAUCAAGCAUUUUACUCAGAGGUCUUCUCUCCCUGGCAACAGCAGGAUAACUCAGGGCUUUCUUUAAAAGUGAUCCAGGAGGAUGGAUUAUCUGCGGAACAAAAGAGAUUGCACUCCAAUGCACAGAAGCUCUUCAGUGCGCUGAGCCCUCCUGCCCAGGACUGGAGCUCCCCAAAACUGCUCCCAGCCAAACUUCCUGAGCUGGACCGGUUUCUCCAGCAUUUUGCCAUCGGCAGCAUUGGUCAGGAGCCUGUGAUGCGAGCCCAUCUUGUGGGUCUGCUGCAGCAAGCUGAGAUGAGCCCCGCUCAUGAAGUAGACAGUAACAAGGUUGUCAUCAGCAUUGUAACUGGUCUCCCAGGCUGUCAUGCCAGCAAGCUCUGUGCUUUCCUGGUCACUCUGCAUAAGGAGUAUGGCAGAUGGAUGGUAUACCGGCAAAUCAUGGACAGCUCUGAAUGUUUCCAUGCUGCCCACUUCCAAAAAUACCUUUCCAGUGCCCUGGAGGCCCAACAGAACCGUUCUGCCCGCCAGUCAGUUUACAUCCGCAAGAAGACCAGGCUGCUGGUGGUACUACAAGGCUACACAGAUGUCAUUGAUGUUGUGCAAGCCCUGCAGACUCACCCAGACCCAAACGUCAGGUCCUACUUCACCAUUGGUGCCGUCACAGUGUGUGUGGAGCCCUUGAGCUGCUACAUGGAGCACAGAUUUCUCUUUCCUAAAUGUCUUGACCAGUGUUCACAAGGUGUGGUGAGUAACGUGGUGUUUACCAGUCACACAGCGGAGCAGAGGCACCCUCUCCUUGUUCAGCUGCAGACCCUCAUCAGGGCUUCCAAUCCUACUGCAGCCUUCAUUCUUGCCGAAAAUGGGAUUGUCACAAGGAAUGAAGACAUUGAGCUGAUUCUCUCAGAAAAUAGUUUCUCGAGUCCUCAGAUGCUGCGUUCUCGAUACUUACUGUUCCCCGGCUGGUAUGAAGGUAAAUUUGAUGCUGGAUCCGUCUUUCCGCUAAUGGUUCAGAUCUGUGUGUGGUUUGACCGUCCCCUGGAGAAGACCCGCUUUGUGAGCAGGUGCAGAGCAAUUCAGUCUUCCAUCAAGCCCAGUCCCUUCUCUGGAAACAUCUACCACAUCCUUGGCAAAGUGAAAUUUUCAGAUUCUGAAAAGAUCAUGGAGGUUUGCCACAACACUUUAACCAACUCCCUGACCAUUGUGCCAGUUUUGGAGGGACCCACGCCACCUCCCAACUCAAGAAGCACCCCUCAAGACAAUGGCCAGCCAGAAUGCUACCUUGUGUUCAUUGGCUGCUCCCUGAAGGAGGACAGCCUCAAAGACUGGCUUCGACAGUCAGCUAAGCAGAGGCCUCAGAGGAAAGCUCUGAAAACCAGGGGCAUGCUGACCCAGCAAGAGAUCAAGAACAUCCAUGUGAAACGCCACUUGGACCCCUUACCUGCAGGCUACUUUUACAAUGGCACCCAGUUUGUCAACUUCUUUGGGGACAAGACUGAUUUUCACCCACUCAUGGACCAGUUCAUGAAUGAUUAUGUGGAAGAGGCCAACCGGGAGAUCGAGAAGUACAACCUUGAGCUGGAGCAGCAGGAAUACCGGGACCUCUUUGAGCGGAAGCCGAAGCCCUAGAGAAAGCUGGGCCUGUGCCCACCAGAGAUGAAUGAAUGAAUGGGUGUCCAGCUUUCCUGGAGGCCCCUCCUGAAGGGGCUGUCUCUGUCCUCCCUGGCCUGUGCCUGCCAGUGUAGUACAUGUUGUCUUUAUUCUCUCUUCUCUCUGCACCAUGAAAGGCAUUGUGAGUGAGGGCGGGCACAGGAUGAGCAGCUAGCUAGCACUGCCCUGUGAACCAGCAGCUCUGGGUGUCUGGUAAAAGACUCCAUUGGACCGAUGGACACCAUGUAAGGCCAAGGAGAAGCCUUUGGUGUAGCUGCUGGUAUUUAGAAGGACCCUGGUUCCCUAAGCAGUGGCCAGGCAGAGAUUCACAAUGCCUUCUAGAUGAGAGCACUUCUGUGGGAUGAAUGGAAGUGAUGUGAUGCUUUCUAGAAAUGCAAGGCUCCUUCACUAAUAGCAGCACCUUGGGAGGUUUGGUCCUUGAGUUCCUCUCUGUGGCAUCACUUGGUUCUCUAAUUUAGGGAGAAGAGCAGGCAUGCUGCUCGAGCCCUGGAGUGCCUCCUUCCCAGUUGAGGUGGAUAUCCUAUAAAACUAGCUUGGACCCAGGGUCUAACCGUUUGGGGACUGUUGGUCUCUAGCACUCAGCCUCCCCAAUACAUUUCAGAAAACCUCCCAAAACUGCCCCUGGCCCUGAAUUUGUUUACUUGGUUCCCAAGGACCAGGAAUUUGAAAAAUUCUGAUAUCCAAAUUGGAAUUCCCUCCAGUGGUUUUGAUUUAGGUUGGACCAAACAGCAAAGGUAAACUAACUUGCAUUCCCAAGACUGACCUUGCUAAUUAGUGUGAGGAGUAAGGUCACUAAAGGUGAUGUCUGCUAGGAUUUGAGUGCCUCUGCUGCUGGACUGUAAACGUUUUCUGAGCUUCAUGUACCUUUUGCAUGCCUUAGAAGAAGCACAUAGUAAAACCAGCAUAGUGUUCUGUAAUGUAGAGGGGUUUUUGAGAAAGGGCCCUGGCACAGAGGAGAGGUAAGAUGGAGCAUAUGGGUCUGUGUUCCUGGUAACAUGGCACUCUCUGGGCAAAUAGCAAAGUAGUAAUCAAGGACUUGUCAAUAAAAUAUACUUGUGUUAGGGGAAAAAUUGGAAGCUGAAUGAACUAAAUUACAAGUCCCAUUGAGUAAGAAAUCUUGCAUUAAGAAAAGCUUGUGAAGCCGGGCGUGGUGGCGCACGCCUUUAAUCCCAGCACUUGGGAGGCAGAGAGGCAGGCGGAUUUCUGAGUUUGAGGCCAGCCUGGUCUACAGAGUGAGUUCCAGGACAGCCAGGGUUACACAGAGAAACCCUGCCUC